ACGGGAUGCGAGCGGGGCCGGUGAGCGCGGUGCUGAGCCGGGCGGAGAUCCACGCGUGGCGAUGGCAUCGAGGUGCUCGCAGCUCCCCCUCCCUUUGUCGCCGCGCUGUUUGCCUUGGCUCCGCACUGCGAGUUAUAAAUAAAAACUGCUCACCCAGAGCGCGUGAGUCACCGUCCUCCCCGCAGGGAUAACUGCGUGGAAACACGAGCCGGGCGUGUGAGAAGCGAGCGCAUGGCUUGGUUAACCUCAUCCGAUUGGCUUUGGGACGAGCACUGGCCCCGUGUGGGGCAGGGUGGGCUGCGGGGUGCCCACUCCCUGGAGGUGCCCAGUGCCAUGAAUGGGCCCCAUGCUCCUGAUCUGGUCUGGGGCAGCCAACCUGGGGCAGGCGUUGGGGCUGGGGGGCUUUAAGGUCCCUUCCAACACAGGCCAUUCUAUGACUCCAUGAUUCUAUGAACAUCCCUGUCCUGCUCCACAGCCCGUGUCUCCCUUAGGCUGACGUGGCUCGGAGCAGCCAUACCUCAGUGUCACCUCCUGUCAUGCUCUAGGUUGAAGGGUGAGGAAUCCUGGCCACACUUUGCCCCCUGCACAGCCAGCCCUCAGCUGCCCUCUUUUGUGUGUCUGACCUUGCCCACGGCAUCCCUUGCUGGUGACUCCAACACAGUGCUUGUGGUGCCUAGGUACUGCAUCCUCCUGCUUUGCUAGCAUCCCCAUGAGUUGGGGAGAGGGAUGUUCUGUGCCCCCCAUUUUACCUUGGGGGUCGGGAGCGGGAAGAGGUAGUGGAUGGGUGACAGCUGGCUGGGGGAUUUACUGAGGGCAUUACUUAAUGCUGUGAGUAAAUGGAGAAACAGUAGCUAAUUCGGGAGCCCAUAAUCCUCUUCCUCCCCCAGGGAUGGAGUGUGCCAGUCACGCAGAUGCCAGUGCCCCAGGGAUGAGCCCCCAGCCUCUCCCCGGGUGUGCUGUGAGCUGCAGCUAUUCCCAGACCGUGGGUGAUGUGCAAGAGGUGGGGGGGAGGGUCUGGCUACAUCCCUCCUGCCCUGAGCAGCUGCACUGGCACCAGUGCCCGGCUGGCAGAGCAGCACCAGGGCUUGUCCCCUAGCCUGCCAGGAGCUGCCUGGGCUCCCAACGAGGGGGACAGACUGGGCGGAUCUUCGGUGGGGCCACCCUGAACCUGUGCACCUUGGAACAAAGUCCCAGACUUUGCUCAGGCCACAGACACAGGGCACCCAUGGACAGCAGGGCACCCAGCUCCCCACUGCAAAAUGAGGGUGCUCUGCAGCAACCCAGCACCCUGCAGGACUCUCCCAGCUCUCCACAUCCUCGGGGGCUGCUCUCUGUCAUCCAGAGGCUGAGAGGUUCCCCAGGGCAGGAGCUCCGCAUCGUGCUGCUGGGGCUGGACAAUGCAGGCAAGACCACGCUGCUGAAGCGCCUGGCAUCUGAGGAGGUCAGCACCAUCACUCCCACCCAGGGGUUCAACAUCAAGAGCGUCCACUCGCAUGGCUUCAAGCUGAACAUCUGGGACAUCGGCGGGCAGCGUGCCGUCCGACCUUACUGGAGGAAGUACCUGGGCAGCACUGACCUGCUGAUUUAUGUCAUCGACAGUGCAGACCAGAAGCGCUUUGAGGAGACAGGGCAGGAACUGGCGGAACUCACUGAGGAGGAAUCUCUGAUGGGGGUCCCACUGCUGGUAUUUGCCAACAAGCAGGACCUGGUGACAGCAGCACCUGCAGCUGAGAUCGCAGAAGGGCUGAGCCUCCACAGCUACCGGGACCGAGAGUGGCAGAUCCAGGCCUGCUCAGCCCUGUCUGGAGAAGGUGUGCAGGUAUGGAGUGAGCGGCUGCCAGCGCUGUGGGUGUGUAGCAGCAGGCUGUGCUCAUACCUCUCUUCCCCUCAGGAUGGAAUGAACUGGAUUUCCAAGCACAUCAUGAGCAGGAAGAAGUGAGAGCUGCAGAGUGAC